AUGGCUUUCGAGCCCUGUAACCGACACGUGCCCUUCGUCCCCCUGAGGUACGACUCACAUGACCCCGAAAGCUCUGCUCUCAAGUUAGUUCUUACGCUGAGCCCCAGCUGGCAGCUACCGGGUUCAAGUGUCGAAUUCAUCAGAUUUACAGAUGGAAUCACGAAUACACUACUGAAAGCUGUCAAUCGCAAACCGGGGCUCUCACAAGAUGCGAUCGACCAAGAUGCUCUACUUCUCCGCGCAUACGGCCAUGGCACCGACCUGAUCAUUGACCGCCAACGCGAGGCACAGAACCAUGAGCUUCUCAUGCAGUAUGGACUUGCCCCGACCCUCCUUGCGCGAUUCGAGAACGGGAUGCUGUAUCGUUUCAUCCGUGGCGAGGUCACGCGACCAGAAGAUAUACGCCGUCCAGAGAUAUCAAUGGCCAUUGCCAGGCGUUUGGCACAAUGGCAUGCAACAGUCCCAUGCCUGCCGCAGGCAAUUACCGCUUCGAUCAGUGUGGAUGGUAGAAUCAGUGACGGUCCAUCAAAUGGCCAACCUCACGGUGGACAAAACAGCGACGUCCAAGGCUCAACAAUCGCGGUCGCCUCUGUUUCACCCAAUGCGGGUACGCCCAUCGCGCAGGGCAAACUCGAGCCGAACAUCUGGACUGUCAUGCAGAAAUGGAUACUUGCAUUGCCAGCAGACACGGCCGUCUGCCGGGAGCGUAUAGCGGUAUUACAAGCGGAACUCAAAAGCCUGGUGGCGAGCCUUAGCCACCGUUCCGGACUUGGCAAGGACGGACUUGUUUUUGCGCAUAACGACUUAUUAAGUGGUAAUAUCAUUAUCCUACCCGCCAGCGCAGAGGCAACGAAUGGGCCACCUGUCGAAGUCACAUUUAUAGACUACGAAUAUGCCGUUCCCGCCCCAGCCGCGUUUGAUAUUGCGAACCAUUUCGCAGAGUGGGGUGGUUUUGACUGCAAUAUGAAUGUAUUACCUACUGUUGAGCAGCGUCGUGCCUUCAUAGACGAAUACAUUAACGUAUACGCGAAGUUACGACAGCUAGCGCCCCAUGGCUCCGAGCCCUUCCACCUAGAGACCGAGAAGGCAAGAAUGCUCGAAGAGGUCGAUGUAUUUCGCGGCGUGCCAGGCUUUUACUGGGGCAUAUGGGCACUUAUCCAGGCGACGAUAUCAGACAUUGAUUUUGAUUAUGCCACAUAUGCAGAGGCCCGCUUGUCGGAGUACUGGGCCUGGAAAGCUGAGGUCAAUGGUGAGCGGGCUGCUUCGGGCGUUGAUAUGCCCCUGCGCGAGAGACGGUGGGCGCAGGAAAACGAAGAAGACAACGGAGGGAGCUCGGUAGCAACAGGCAGUUUGCAGACCAGGGCUUCUACACAAAGUACUGUACCUAUCUGA